AUGCAGCACGGUGUUCUCUCGCUGAAGACUGUGGGCCGAGCGGCGGGCCUCUUCCCGAAGUCACCGGGCCUGACCCUACUGAACCGUGCAUCGCCCUGGCUUACAGCGAUGUCCCGGGAGGCUCAGCUACCUGGCGGAUCCUGCCGUGGUCGGGCUUCGCCCAGGCUUCUGUCGCUGCCGAGACAGACAGCACCACGGCGUUCAUCGCCGUUCGUCGCCUGCCGAGGCUCCACCUGGCAGCUUAAUUUUAAGGUCAGUCUCUCGGAAGACACCUACGUGCAGGACUCGCUCGACCUGCUCAUGCACUCGGGGAUACAAUUCGGCAAGCACAACAACGAAGGCAUCGACCCGUACGAAUUCGCCCAGCUCAUCAAGACGUCGGAGAUGGUCCUGUCCAACGAGACCACGUGGCUCGCCUUUCACAGCUGCUACGACUUCGCUUACAUGCUGAAGCUGCUGACGGCUGACAACCUGCCUGCGUGCCAAGUCGACUUCUUCGAGCUCCUGCAGAUAUCCUUCCCGGCCAUCCACGAUCUCAAGUGCCUCAUGAAGGACUGCAGAAACCUGAGAGGAGGUCUGCAAGGACUGGCCGAGCAGCUGCAGGUUGAAGGAGUCGGGCCACAACACCAGGCCGGCAGCGACAGCUUGCUGAAGGGCAUGGCGUUCCUCAAGAUGUGAGAAGUGUACUUCCAUGGCUACAUCGACCAAUAUAAGUACUGCGGCCACAUGUUCGGCCUGACCAAGCCGAUAAUCAUGCACCCUCAUUCCGGCGAAGAGACGGAGAACGUGCCCAUGGCGUUUGCGGUGGGUUCCAGCGUCGCUCAGCAAGAUUGCUGCGUCGGCGUAGCCGCAUCCGCUUUCCAACACUGGUCCAGGCGUCGGCCAGCCCACUUGUAUCUUGGCGUCUCGUUGGACUGUGCCCCCGCCCUUUACCUUGACCGGUAUUGGGUUCUGAGGAAGUAUUGUGUAAAUUUUAUUUACGAAGGUGAUUCGACAAUGUGUGUGUGUACUAGUUGUCACCACCGAUCACCA